UUCUAUUGAUUGUUUUAAGAGGUGUUUUUUUAACUUGUUUGUUAGUUUUAUUAUAUUAUUUAUAUACAGAAUAAUUUGCAUUAUUUGUAUUUCUUAUUUUAUAUUCUCUUGGUUUUAUUAGAUUUUUUUUAAAUAUGUUUUUAUUUUAGAUUUAUUUUUUAAUCUGCUCUCCAUCAAUGUGCUCGGAGGUUAAAUAAAGUUAAGAUUGUUAUGUUAUUGAUAUUUUGCUUUGUUACUUUAAAACUAUUUCACACACUGCAGUCUAUAAAUAAUAUAAAUAAAUUAUAUAUUAAUAUUAAUAGUAACACUGUGUAAAUGAUUAAAUUCUACAUUUCAGUUGCUCUCAUUUAGAACUGUAUUAUUUUUUGUCUGGAUCUGUGUUCGAAUACACCAAAUCAGAAUAAAUCAGAAUUCUCCAUGGCAAAAAUACACAUUAUAUAUUAUUCAAUUUAAUAUUUUAUUCUUAUUUAACUUACAGUUUAAAGAAGUCACAUGAUUUCAUGACAAAUAAAAUAACAAACUGAAUUUAAAUCCGUUUGUUUUAUUAUUCUGUCCCCCCCCCACUCCCCCACAGAUCGAUCCUCUGUCUCCCUCCAUCAUGCCGAAGGAGGAGUGUAAGUUACCUUCAGGCUGUAAACAUAAAGAGCGUAAGCCGAAGAAGCCGCACUACAUCCCGCGUCCCUUCGGCAAACCUUACAACUACAAGUGUUUCCAGUGUCCCUUCACCUGCAUGGAGAAAUCCCACCUGUACAACCACAUGAAGUACAGCCUGUGUAAGAACUCGCUCUCGCUGCUCAUCGAGUCUGACUGGCCCUAUAAGAAAGGGAACCUGCUCCCGUCCGACCAGCUCCGCCUGCAGCAGGGCAUUGUGGGAAGUCGUGGUUCGGAGCAGGAGCCGGAGCAGGUGGAGCAGAAGGGAGGAGACGACCUGCAGCUCAGCUUCACCGAUGAACAGGAGAUGGAAAAAGGCGCAGAAGCUCAAACGGAGACGAAUGGGACGGCCAAUCAGAGCUCAGAACAGACAGAGGUGUCUCCGAGGGGCGGGGCCAAGCAGGAAGCUGAGCUUAUCAUGGCGGAUGUGUUCUCCCUGGAGGAGCAGCUGUUACGAGCACGCUCAGUAGAUGUCGAAUCAAAGCUGCGUCACUACCGUCUCUCAAAAACGCGUUUGCUCCUGUCCGAGUCAUUGCCCUGUUACCCACCCACAUUACCCCCUGGGCACCUCAACUGUCCUGAUGCCCCGCCCCUUAACCUUUCUCUGCUUGGGGUUGGCUACCCUUUGACCUCUGACCUCUUUUCAUAUCUUAACCCUGGCCUCGGCGCGGCAACAACAUCUAAUCCAGCGCAGGUCGGCUCUUUGCCUUUUCUAACUUCAGCAGCUCAGCUCACACACACUCACACACACUCUGACCGCUCAGUACUGCCCCCACGUUUCUAUUACCCCUUCCUGUGUGAGCACACAGCACCAUCAGACUCCAACAAAGCCAUUAAACCCACCGCCAUUACCCCCAAACUCAACCUGUGGAAGUUUCCGACACUCCGGCCUGCAGGCUCGGCUGAAGCCUGGAGCUCGCCUGGCAGCUUGAGCCCAGAGAUGGGGCCUGGCACUGGGGAGAGGAUUCAGAGCCGAUGGGGGGUGGAGCAAAGUGUGAAAAGGGCAGCGGCUUCUCUGGACUCCCAUAGUGCACCUGCAGAGAAAAAGGCAGCGCCAUCGUUCCUGCUCAAUCAGGCCACACCCAUUUCUAUUGACAGACUCCUCCUACAGAACAGUCUCAACAGUCGGACCGGAUUGGACGAGCGUUGCUCAGACAUGAGAGGCUCCGCCCACUACUCAGAGGCGGGUGAAGAGAAGGAUAGAAGCACAGAUGGAGAGACGAAUGGAGGGAUGGAUGGAGAGGUAGUGUGUGAUCUUUCUUCAGCGCUACAGGAGCUCCAGCGUGCAGAGCAAGAGGCGGAGCUACACCCUGAACACGCCCACUCUCACCACAUGUGGGCACAAAAGAUCCGCAAAAUCCGCCUGGAGCUGUCUCACAUCCAGCAGGCGCUGCAAAGGACCUCACAAGGACCCCUUGACCUGUCCGUCAAAAAGGAGCCUGUCGCCAUGACAACCAAGCCUCCGGGUGAAAAGCAUGAACUGACACAGCAUUCAGGACAGAGCCAGGAUAUGAGUUCUGAGACAGGAGAAGAAGAGGAAGACGAAGAGGAAACAGAGACAGAGGACGAUUGGAAGAAACGUUCUCUCGACAUCCUGAUCAGGAUGGGCCAGUCCCAGGGCAUUUCUGUGGUGACCCCAGGUGCCACCAUGGUAAAAUCAGAGCCGUUGCUGAGCAAAGCAGAGGCGCUGUGGAACAGCCGGACCAGGAAGUGUGAAGCUGACUCCAGUGUUCGGGUGUGUUCUAAAACCCCAAACUGCCCCUCAAGCCCAAUAACUGCUCAUGCAGUACAAUAACUGCCCUGUUCAUCAAAUAACUAUCUUCUAACUCUAACUGCCCCAUAACUGAAAUAACUGCCCCUUCAAUCCAGUAACUGCCCCUGAAACUCCAAUAACUACCUGCCUCUUUUCAUCCAAUAGCUGCUCCGUAACUUCCAUAAUUACCCCUCUAACUUUUAUAACUGACUCUUUUCAUCCAAUAACUGCCUCUGUAACUCCAAUACCUGCCUCUUUUCAUCCAAUAGCUGCCCCAUAACUUCAAUAACUACUCCUGUAACUUCCAUAACUGACUCUUUUCAUCCAAUAACUUCCCCUGUAAUUCCGAUACCUGCCUCUUCUGUCUAAUAACUGCCCCUGUAACUCUCGUAACUGCUCUCUAAACUCCAUUAACUGCACAGUAACUCCAAAACCUGCCCCUUUUGUCCAAUAAUUUCUCCUUUGAUCCAAUAACUGCCCUGCUAACUCCAAUAUGUUCCCUUCUAACUCCAAUAACUGCCCUGCUAACUCCAAUAACUGCCAUUCCAAUGACAACAACUGCCUCUGUAGCUCUAAUCAUGCCCCUUGAUUCCAAUAACUCCCCCUUUAGUCCAAUAACAGCUCUUGCAGUUAAAUAACUGCCCUGCUAUCUCCUUUAAUCUAAACACCUUUAACUACCCCCCCCCCCCCCAUUAUCUGGAUAAUCAUUAUUCAUUAUCUGCCCCUCCAAUUAAACAUCUGCCCUGAUACAAUAACUUCAACUUUAACAAUUUCGCCACAACUGAAUGAACUGAAUCAUGUGAGUCUCAGAUAAAGAUGAUUUUGUGUACGAGCCAAACACCAGCAGUCCUGCACACACACACACACACACACACACACACACACCAGAGUGAACACACCUGGUGUUAAAAUCCUCUGUAAUUAUAUAUCCUCUAACAAUUAUUACUCAUACAGCACUGUCUCGUUUAUGCUCAAUAAAAUAAAUAAAUGAUAUAAUGACAACCUGUCAGUCAGAGGGUUAAACUGAGCACUAAAGAUAGUUUUUGGAAAUUAGUGAAAGAAUUAAUUCUGUACAGAAUGUGUAUAAUUUUACUCUUUACUGUGUGAAAUAUUUGACAGUUUGCACUAGUUGUGUCUGUUUUGCAUUGAAUAUAAACAUGUAGCUAGUGUUCUCUGCACAAUCAUCCAUUUUUUAUUGUUUUAAUGUAA